AUGCCUUGCAACCCUCGGUCGUAUGUGUCGUCGACACAGCCGCUCGUUACGGCAGCGCUGCUGCUGCUCGUAUGCGUGCUGGCCGUUGCGACGGGGUGCGCGAGUGCUCGUAAAGAACUGCCGCUGAACAUACCCUAUCCCCCCAUUGUGCAAAACGCUCUGCGCUGUAACGUGUGUUCCUUCAUUGUCGAUAACGCCCUAAUCUAUGUCCAGGGGAUGCGCGACGAGAUGAGUCAGCACCGGCUGCAGCUGCGCGAGGACGAUGUGUUGGAUGAGCUAGAGAAGUUGUGUGUUCCGUUCAAGGACCCGGGCCAAUGGAUUCGCCAAGUGUCUCUGCGCGUGGAUGAGACAAAGGUUUGCAGGAACGCCGACACGUCGGUCAUUGAAGCACCACGACAGGUCAUGAGGGUGGCUUUGGUGGAGUAUUACAGCAAGUGCGGCCGCACCUGCGACACCGUGGCGCUGUUGUGUGAAGAGUGGAUGGACAGUAGCUACAUGGACGACUUCCCCAGUUAUCUUGUAAGGGAAGCGAAUAGUGGGUACAACAUCAGUAGUGAAGAGCACCGCUCCGCCGUCUUCUCCCAGUUCUGUGCACCGACCCCGCACUGCGAAAAUAUCGGGAGCGCUCUGCGCGAGUUGAGCGAGGAGCUCACGAAAAACUCGGAACUCCGUGAGGCGAUCGAUGCGGACAGACCCCAGGAGAUCAAGUCGGAGGAGCGAGAGAUGGAGAUGAUGCUGCACCGACUGACACGUGAGCAUGGCCAGUCCGCCGACGUCUUCUCGCGGGACGAGGUCCACCGAAUGAAAGAGGCCUUCUUAAAAGGAAACAGGGAAGAACUGAAGGCGAUCGACCCCGCCGCCUUCGAUCUCACGGAUUCUGAGUUCUCCAUGCUGCAGAACUAUAUCCGUGGUGAGGCACCUGAAGAGAAGGAAUGGGAGCAGCAACGCGGGUCUAGUAACCCUAGCGACGCGGAGGAUCUCUGA